AACUUCAUCUAGAAAGAGCUAUAGAAAGUGUUUCAUCAAAACCUGCAGAAAAAUUAGCAAGCCACCUUGCAGAUGCUCUUCAGGGGUGGUGUGGAAAAUUGGACAAUAACAAUGUAAACGCGUAUUCAACAAUAAAGGCAUCAAAAGACUUCUCCGCGCUCGCGUGUUUAAGGAGAGAGAUAAAGAGAGAGAGAGAGAGUAAUCUAUAACCAUUUUGUGCAAAUGCAUUCUCUGUCUUGUUCGUUUCGAAAAUAACGUGGAUUACGUUAAUAUAAAUCUCACAAAAAUACAUGUUUUGUUGCUUUGUCCCUAAAAAAAUUAUCUAUUCUAGCAAAUGCUAUAAAUGUAUUUAAUUGAUUAUUAAAAUUAAGAGAUAAAGUGACACCAGAAUAAUAUCGCUGAACAAAUGGAUUGAAGCAUAAUACAGUACAAAAUUAUGCAUCGACGAACGGUGUUUCCAAUAGCGCUGUUGCGCGUAGUAGCGGCGGUGGGUGCAAAUGCAAUUAUUGGCAAUUUGCAACAAGUGAUCGCCGUUAAAUCUGAAAACUUUGUGUGUAGCACGGUAUUUUCACCAAAUGAAUCUACGGUUCCUAUGGACACUGUUCUAAAACAACUAGUAAAAGUAGAAAUUUCAGAUAUCGAUGAUAAUCCAUUGGAAUUCACCAGCGUACAUUUCAUGAGUGAUAAUUCACGUUUGGCGACUGUGUAUGAUGCCAUUGAUGGGCAUGAAUUCGACUCAGACCGUAAAUGGCAAGGUAACAUUACCAUCAAUUUGCGAUUCAUGGGUGAAGCUCAUAUACGUACCGAAUUGCUUAACUCCUUAACGAAUAUUACAAAAACUUGUCGCAAUAUUUUAAAACUAACGAUUAUUCGAAAACCACAUGCAAUAGACUAUGUCUUUACCGGGUCAGUGGCAUUGUUAGUGUCUUUGCUGUACAUAAUUUUUGGAGCAGCACUUGACUUGACCAUACUAAGAACUUUGCUGCGACGCCCUGUGGGUCCCACGAUUGGCUUCUUGAGUCAAUUUUUAUUCAUGCCUUUACUUAGUUACGGCAUUGGUUAUCUCAUGUUUCCGAACUCUGUGGAUAUGCAAUUGGGUUUAUUUUUUACUGGUGUUUCUCCUAGCGGUGGAGCGUCAAACAUGUGGGCUGUCAUAUUGGGUGGUAACAUUAACCUAUCGAUAUUAAUGACGACGCUUAGUAAUUUUGCCGCUUUCGGAAUGAUGCCUUUGUGGAUUUUCACACUGGGUAGCAUGAUAUUUGCAAGAGGCAAUAUGCGUGUACCGUAUGAGAAUAUUACGAUGUUUGCCAUUUCCUUGAUAGUACCCUUAGCCAUUGGUCUAGCUAUCCAAAAAUAUUCACCUCGUACCACACGAAUCUUAAUGCGCCUACUUAAGCCAGCUUCGUCUUGCUUAAUUUUAUUUAUCGUAAUUUUCGCUAUAAUAACAAAUUUGUAUUUAUUUGAAUUGUUUUCUUGGCAAAUAGUUUUAGGCGGCUUAUUGCUACCCUGGUUGGGUUACAUAUUGGCUUGGUUAUUGGCAAAGCUGUUGCAUCAAAAUGCUGUCGACUCUCUAACUAUAGCCAUUGAAACUGGCAUCCAAAAUACGGGUAUAGCUAUAUUCUUACUACGCUUUAGUUUGUCACCACCGCAGGAUGAUCUAACGACUGUUAUACCGGUAUCGGUGGCAAUUAUGACACCUUUUCCUUUGCUAGGUAUAUAUCUCUACAAAAAGUUCGCCACACGUUCUUUUAAAGCAUUAUAGAACAACAUCGUCAGAAAUUGCUUCAAAAAUAAUUCAUUUACUGCGGUCUGGUCAUCGUCCA